UUGAUGAGGAUGACGUUGACAGUGAUGAUAAAUAUAAAUCUCAAAUGUUUCAAAAUUAACAAGGAACCCACUGUGCUGCAAUCAUAGCUGUAACAGGUCCCGCUUCUUCUUCUGAACUUAGUUUAAAAAAAAACAGUGAAACUUCGGGUCACUGGUUAACCUUUUCUCCAAUCAAUUGACGAACAGGCAUGGAGGAGAUGUCAAGGGUGGCGUUACAAACAAAACAAAGACCUUCAGAGGUCAAUCAGCAGACCUCCUCAGAAGCAGAGGAAGUAAGGAAUGGACGAAGCCAGGUGAAGGAAGGUGAUCCUGUGGUGAAAGACAAGAUGGGGCAGCAAGCACGACUGCAGAGAGAUGGUGAAGAAAGAGUGCUCUUACAGGGAUGGUUGAAUAUCCCUCUGGCUUAUAUACGCAAAUCCCACCUCCUCAUCCUGAACAACAAGACCAAGAUAGGCAAGUUGAAGCUCCACCGGGAAGAAAGUGCCACAUCAGCAGUUCCACGUCAGCAGUGCCACGUCAGCAGUACCACAUCAGCAACAGUGCCAUGUCAGCAGUGCCCCAGCACCAUGACGGUCUCAGUUCUGGGCAUGCCAGGCCAACUGGCCAAUGAGUCCAUUGCCGAGUACCGACAGCGGUUCCAAGCUCAGCUCGCACUGAUUGAGGCUGAGGAACAGCGUAAGGCAGCAGCCGAGGCUGCCCGCCUACAGGCUGAAGCGGCGGCAGUAGCUGAAAAGCAGCGACUUCAGGCCGAAGCUGACGCAGAUGCCCAGGUCCGCCGCAAGGAGGCCCAGGAUCUGCUACAGCGGCACGAAGCCGCCAGCAUCGAAAAGCUCAAGUUCUGGCAUUUUGAACCAUCCGAGAACCACGAAGACGUGAUACCGGAAGAGCAGCACAAGGAGUUUAUCGCCAAACUCGUGACCCGGUUGGUUUACACUUCUAACCACCUGCAGUCCAAGCUGGCGGAUCUCCGACGGGCGGCGCGGAACUACAAGGAUCUGCACGAGGAUGCUACACGGGCACUUGAUUCCCGUGUACAGGACUUGGAGCAAGUUGUACCAAGACCAGAUGCUGGCGAGUCGAGCAGUGCACCCUCUACCCGCCAAUUGGAGGAACAAGUUGACCACGUAGUCGCAAUGCUCGGCGACACCAGUACCUUCGCUGCACCAGCCACCAUCAGCAAGCAGUUGGACACCUUGAAGACCGAGGUUCAGCAGCUGCACCAGCUGCCCAACAAGGAUGGUAACACCAGUGUGCAACAGUACAAGAUGCCGACAUUCCGCAUCGAAAAGUUCGAUGAUUAUACGCAUCAAGACCCGGUCCCCUGGUGGGAGGGCUUUAGGACAAAACUUCGGAUUCUUUUUGUCCCCGAGCACUCGUACAUUGGCGCGCUGUUCCUCAACUCAAAGGGCGGAUGCCAGAUGUUUCAUGCACAGAUCUGCAAUGUACGUAAUAAACCGAGAAUCUGCAAUGUGAUGAAAAGGACUGAAUAGACAAUGCGGUACGAGUAGAAUCUCGACAAGCAAUGUACAUUC